ACCAACAACUUAAUAGGAAUUAAAUGUUCAGAAUAGAUUUAAAAAUGAGUUUAAAUAUAUGUUUUUUCAACUUAUUUUUCAAUGUAUUACUUAUUACAGCAGCAGAUAAAAAAAAUACUAUAAAUGCAUUUUUUGAUGUUUUAUUGAGUGACAACAGCCAUGAAAAUCGAUACAAAGCUUUGCUGCAAACAGGAAUACAUGAUUUUUCAAUUGGAUUGUUUGAUGGAUCGGGAGGUCGCAUUAAUAAAAUAUCAAAUAUUCAACGAACCGGUAAUGUUAUUAUGCACCCAGGAAAAGAGGAAACUUGGAUAGAAAUGUCUUUCAUUGUGCAACAUCUAGAUGUAAUCUGGGACAAUUCAACUUGUUUUGGAAUUAAAUGUCAGCUUUGGGCUACAAUGUUGAACAAUAAAUUUGAUGUGAAAAUGGCUGUAAGACCAAUCAACUGUUUAGUAUCAUACAAUAUUAAUUUAAAUACCGUUGGAACAAUGGAAGUGAGUGUCUCAGAAUUACCUAAAUAUAUGCCAAGUUUUUUAUUUAAUGGAGCGUUAUACAUAGUAGAAGUGUUUUUUAAAGGUCCUCUAAUGGAAAGUGUCAAACAUCGUAUAAAUCAUAGCGUUAUACAUGAUUUUAUAGAUAAAAAUCAAAUAAAUCAAAUAUGUAUUGCUGUAAAUGAAACAAUCUAUACCAAAAUAGAUUAAAUUUUAUCUAAUCAAUCAAGCAGAAAAUAUAUUAUUUUUACAUAAUAUAUUGAAUUUUUAAAAUUUAAAAAAUAUAUAUAAAAUAAUAUCAUAAUGGAAUUUAUAUUUCUUAACACGUUGAUUGCUAUAUGACAACCGGCGACCAUAAAUGAAUUUGGUUUUAUGUUAUUAACUUUUCUAUGGCGCUACAAUAAUGCACUAAAGCAGGGGUCAGCAACCUUUUUGGUGUCAGGGGCCAAAAAAUAAUAAAAAAAAAAUUUCACGGACCAUACACUUUACUUUAUUUACAGUUAAUCAACUAACAUAAAUACAUAAUGGGGUAUUCCAUAUUUUUAUACUAAUUAUAAAUUGUAAUCGCAGGCCGCAGGUUGCCGACCCCUGCACUAAAAUAAGGACCGUGGUGUAGCAAGAAUCAUUGCAAUUUUUUGGUUUAAUACAUUUUUUUUUCAAUGCUUUUCAAUAUAUAGUAUAUACAAAUUUGGAAGGUAUUGAAAAAUAUGCUUGGUGUACAACAAAUACCUAUUGAAUGACCGCCAGCGGUCGUAUAACAGUCAACGUGUUAUGUAGGUACUAAUAUUAAGAUUAGAGUUAAGUACUAAAAUUAAUUUAUUAGGUGUAGUGUAAUAAACUAUAUUUUACUCUUUAUUUGUCAAUUAUUUAUAAUAAUUCUUGAAAUUAAUUACUUUUCUGCUGUAAUGUUUAUCAGUAAUGAUAAAACUAGACUAAAUUAUUUAUGACUUAUGUUUAUCUUUGUAUAUUUAAAAUAAAAUAAAGUAAAAAUAAAAUGGUUUAUUUAA